AACAACAAGUAAAACGACAAUCAAAUUAAUAAUACAAAUUUCCAGUUUGUGAUUAAACUCAGAUUCCAAGCAACAAACCAAUGUCGCUCCACAUGAAAUCAAUUGCAUAACGAACUGAGUGAAAUUUUGGAGAGCGGCAGUCGUCAAAGGGAAGACUAAACUCAAGAAAAGGAAAGCUAGAAACAUCCAAAGAACGCCUCAGCCCAAUAGCAAAUCGCAAAUGGCCACAAAUUGCGACUACAACAACGAGGAUAAUGUUAAACAGCAGCCGGUCACAAAAUCAGGUGCUGCAACAGCGACAACAAACCACACCAGCGACACCACAACAAAUGCCUCCUCGAUGAGUGAGCACGUGGAGCAGCAGAAUGGCGGGGCCAAGAAGUUGGAGGGGCAGAGGGAAAGGGAGGCGGAGAGUGAGGGGGAUAGGGAUAGGGAUAGGGAAAGGGAGCAGUCGUUGUACCUCAACAAUGAAAUGGAUAGCUUUGAGUGCGCCUUCGAGUCCACCAUGGAUGAUCUGGAGCAGGCGGUGGGCGAUGGCUACGAAUCGGAUUCGGAGGCCAGUGCCAAUGGUCAAGCGACCGAUUCCUCAGCUUCCAGCUUGAGCCAGCUGGCCGGUAUUGGUGGACUGCAGUACAGUCAACAGUUGACGCCGCAAAUGGAGCUGGAGAUGCAGACGAUGUUGCCGCGUGGCAACUCGUUUGAUUUUCAAAGCAGCAGCGGCAGCAGCAGCGACGAUGAGAACGAUAAUGAUGACGACGAUGCCGAUGCCGAUGCAGAUGCUGAUGAAAUUGGCGAGCACACCUGCAUCGUGGGUGCCCUCAAUCUGAACACCAAGUUUGCCAAAGCCAGCGAUGGUCGUUACGAUAUCUAUCAUCACCGUCCGCCAUAUCUGUUGCCACCUUUCAUCGAGCGACGUCGCCUCUCUCAGUGCAAGGAGGAGGACGAUGAGGAUGAUGCUGGUGAUAAAUCACCACCGAUUGCAGGCAAUGAGACGCCUCGAUUGGAUCGCGCCUCGAAGGCGCCGCCGCCGCGACCGCCGACGCCGCAGGAUGCCGCCUCGAAGGAGAAGUUUAAGGAUCUGGAACGUUUGCGUCAGCAGUUUAUGCAUAAAAUCGAUCGCAUCAAUACGCGCAACAUUGAGGAGCCAUAUGCUGCAUCGUUACCACCGCCGCCACCACCACCACCGCCGCCAAUCCCAGCCACCAUUUUGCCCAAGGCACUAAAAGAGCUGCUGCAGUCCAGCGAGCCGACGCCGACACCGGCGACACCAGCAGCAGCGUUGCCAGCUGUAUCGCCACCUGCAUCGCCAGCAGUUGCUGCGCUGCCUUCGCCCGUGCAGCUGCCCCAUGCCACAGAGCCGCCAAUGAUUAUCAUGGGCAAGUUUAAGGUGUCGCGGGCCCAGGAGACGCCCGAGUUACGCAAGGAGGCGCAACAGCUGCGCGAACUGCAGCCCAGCUCCAACUCACAAACCAUCAGUUUCCCCUCCAGCUUUGGCGGCUACUCCUCCGUGCAGGGCCUCUUCUCGCAGCGCUAUGGCAGCAAUCGGUUUCCAGUCACUGCACCGCAUCUCUCCAAGCAGUUCUUCGACUCAUCGCUGGUGGAGAUACGUGCACCCUCGCAGAGCAAUGUCUCGCUGGUUGGGAAUAGCCAGAACCAAAGUCUCAAUUGUGAUAACAUCAGUUCCAGCAACAGUUUGGCCAACAAGCCGCGCACGCCCAGCGAACGUGAACUGGACGAGAUCUGGAUACGUCGUGCGCCCGCCAAUCCCAAAACUUCGGAUGCCAACGAUGCGCCCAGUCCAGCGGCAGCAGCUCUAAGGCGACCCGUUUCGUUGGGUGGCGCCUCCACAAUGCCACGCCUCAUGCUGCGCAACGAGAGCAGCAAUUCAACGACGAGUCCUUCGCGGCAAUUGACCGCCUCGAGUUCGGUUUCGGUUUCUGUCUCAGAAGAUGAACAGGAUGGCCUGCCACGUGUGCCCGGCUCCAGACCCUCCAGUGCCCCAGCGGAGCCCAAUGCCAAGGCCGCCAAGAAGGCAUACAAAAAGAUGGAGAAGGAGCAGCGACGCCAGGAGAAGGAACAGUCGCGUCGCGAGAAGGAGGCACGCAAACUGGAACGGGAGACGGCGCGUCGCAUUGAGCGGGAGACGGCUAAGCUGGAGAAGCUCAAUCGGCACAGCGAGAAGAUCUCACGCAGCACGGAACGAAUGGUGGGCAGUGGUUCCCGUUCCGGUUCGCUGGAGCGUCGACGCAGUGGCGAGGAUUCGCCAGUGCUCAAUCAGUCGACGGUGCAUGGCAUUGCGUCGCCCAACCGACGGCCGACGAUCUUUGAUGUCUUUAGGCCGCGUGCCAAAUCGGAUGCCAAACGGCACAAGGAUAAACAUUUGCUGGAUCCAUCCUCGGCCGAUAGUAGCGCCACCAGCAGCACAUAUUCCGUCUCUGGCGGAGCACCAGCAACAGCAGCGGGAGCGGGAGGAGCUGCGGGUGGAGCAACAGCAGCAGCAACAGCAACAUCGGCCGCGGGCGGUGGUGCUGGUGGCGGUCUCAUGAAUUCCAUGAAAGUGGCCAUGCAACACUUUGGCCAUCGACAGCAUCCCGCCGUAACGAUAACCAAUGCCGAUGGCACCGUCUCCGCCAAGAGCAAGUACAAAGAUGGCAGCGCUCAUUUGCAUCAGGGCAGCGAUGCGCAGUAUUACCAUACGGUGACUGCGGUACGGCCGAAUGCCAAUGCCAAUCAGCGAUCGCCGAUGACCAAAGUUAUGGAUCUGUUUCGACAUCGUUCAAAUUCAGCGGUCAGCGAGGCGGACAAACGCAAAGCGCGCGUGGCGGCGCAUCAGCAACAGUUGGCUGUGCAAAGUGCUCACAUGCGUCGCGCUUCGGCGGAUUUGGAGAAACGACGCGCUUCAGUUGGUGCCGCUGGUCGCAGCUAUCGCGGCGAUGGCACCCUAGAUCCACAUCAUGCAGCCAUACUCUUCAGAGACUCCAGAGGUUUACCCCGUGCCGAUCCUUUCUUGGACAAAGUCAAUCUAUCAGAUUUCGAGGAGGAUGAUUCACAGAUCUUUGUGAAGUUCUUUCGUUUCCACAAGAGCUAUGAUCUGAUACCCACCUCCGCCAAAUUGGUCGUCUUUGACACCCAGCUGCUGGUGAAGAAGGCCUUCUAUGCACUGGUCUAUAAUGGUGUGCGUGCAGCCCCGCUCUGGGACUCGGAGAAGCAACAGUUUGUGGGCAUGCUGACCAUUACGGACUUUAUCAAGAUCUUGCAAAUGUAUUAUAAGUCACCCAAUGCGUCCAUGGAGCAGCUGGAGGAGCACAAAUUGGACACGUGGCGCAGUGUGCUACACAAAGAGGUGAUGCCUUUGGUCAGCAUCGGACCCGACGCUUCCCUUUACGAUGCCAUCAAAAUUCUCAUCCACAGCCGCAUUCAUCGACUGCCUGUGAUAAAUCCCGAGAAUGGCAAUGUUUUGUACAUAUUGACACAUAAACGCAUACUGAGGUUCCUGUUUUUAUAUAUUAAUGCAUUACCAAAGCCCGCAUAUAUGGAGAAGAGUUUACGCGAUCUGAAGAUUGGCACGUACGACAACAUCGAGACAGCCGAUGAGAGCACAAGCAUCAUCACGGCACUCAAGAAGUUUGUGGAGAGACGCGUCUCCGCCCUGCCACUGGUCGAUUCCGAAGGCCGCCUCGUUGACAUUUAUGCCAAGUUUGAUGUGAUUAAUCUCGCUGCCGAGAAGACCUACAACGAUCUCGAUGUCUCGCUGCGCAAGGCGAACGAGCAUCGCAACGAGUGGUUCGAGGGUGUGCAAAAGUGCAAUCUGGACGAAUCGCUCUACACAAUUAUGGAGCGCAUUGUGCGCGCCGAGGUGCAUCGCCUUGUUGUUGUCGAUGAUCAGCGCAAAGUGAUUGGCAUCAUUUCCCUAUCGGACAUAUUGCUCUAUCUGGUGCUGCGGCCCAGUGGUGAGGGUGUUGGCGUCUCCGAGAGUUCGCUGCGUGCCUCUGAUCCGGUGCUGUUGCGCAAAGUUGAAGCGGAGGCGACGGCAACGACGACGACGGCGCCGCCGCGCAGUCCAUCGGCAGUUAGUUCUGGCAAUCGUAGCUUUAUCGAGGAUAUACCCGAGGAGGAGACAGCAACAACAACAGCGCCGGCGGCACCAGGUGCAGCAGCGGCAACGGGUGCGCCUAAGAGCGAUGCUGAUAGUGAUAAUAAUAAAUCCGCCAGUGAAGACAAAGCCAACAAUAAUAAUAAUAAUAAUACUGAUAAUGAUCAGAAUGAGCUGGCGGCGGCCAUCAAUGGUGAUAGUAAUAACAGUCCAGCCGAAGUGUCCUUUGCCGAUGAGGCGCAAGCCGAUGACGACGAUGAUGAUGAUGAUGCGGAUGCGGAUGCGGAUGAUGACGACGAUGAUGAUGAUGAUCUGCAUGAGGAUCGUGAAUUGCAGCGCAAAAAGGCAGCAGCUGUCGCAAUUGCAGCGGCAGCGCGAGACGGCAACGAUGCUGAGCACGAGGACAAUGGGCUGAGCAGCGCCGUUUCGGCUGCCUCGGCGCUCGGCCAGACGAUGGCCACGCCCACGGCGCGCGAAAUGGCGCUGGUUAGUGAAUAAAUAAUUUAAAUUAAUUAAACAAUAAAGCAAAACAAAAACCAACCC